AGUCAGGUGAUGAAAUGAAAAGAAACGUAUUGCCCAAACAAGAAACGCCGAGAAAAUCCAAUCGAGAGAAAUCUAAGCUUGUUUGUUUAUUAUUAAAAUCAAAUUAGUGAAGCAGAAACCAAAAAUCAAGAAAGAAAAUGGGAUGGGUGUGGAGAAACGACGACGAAGAAGAGUCCAAUUCAUCAUCCAGUGAAAUCACCGAAUUCAACAGUACUCAAAACCCUAAUUUCAGUUCAGCAUGCUCCACCAGGAAAGUGGUGAAGUCAAAUUGCAGAACGGAGGAGGUGGAGCCUGGAAAGUUCGUUAGGAAGUGCGAAAAAACCGAGGAGGUGCUCAGGGAAUGCCUUGGAAAACCCGUUGAAGUGCUGAAGUCCAACAAGGAGUAUACUGAAGAUGAUGUGACGGACCUGGUAGUUAAAGGGUCUUCCACACUGGGCGAGCUUGACGAGUCACCAUUUGGCUUUCCUGGACUUCAAAAUGAUAUGGAAGGCAUUGAACGUCACUUCCUUGGUGGCAUUAGCCGUUUCUUUGAAGCAGCUGAACAGAUGAGGAGUAGCAUUUUCGAUACAUUUGGGGAGGUAUACAAGGAGAAUCCAUCAUCGAUGAGGAGCGGAAUACCCAUUGAAGAUUAUCCUCGAAAGGAGACCCCUUCUAAAUACAGUGAGUCUGAAACAGGAAAUAUUGAUCUUUCUGGUUUGGCGAAGGAUGUCUGAAGCAGGUUGCUAAGAGCUGCCCUACUAGACAUUUACCAUGCCUAUCCUUUUGUAUAAAUAGUCUUUUACCUUAGAAUCCGAAGGUAGUCCCAGAACAUCGAACCACAAAUUUGAUUCAAGUCAUUUCAGGUGUGAUCUUGGUGUUUUCUCUUAAGGUCAGUGGACACUUUUGGUGCUUAA